AGAAGAUCAAUAAUUGAUGAAGGCAUGAAAUCAGAUGUUGGAACAAGUAAUUUCGAUAUAAAUGCUCAAAAGAAAAAUUUAUCAGUCAUUUGUACUGAAAAUGAUAACUUUGCUAAUAUUGAUCCACUUGAGAAUAGACGUCUUGCAAUGAAAAAAUUGGAAGCGAAAUUGGAACAACUACGAGGAAAUAAAUCAGCUCAUCAAUAUGAAGAAGAACGAAAAGCGAAAAGGCGCUUAAGCAAAUUAAAAUCCAAAGUACGAAAAAAAGCGAUGAAGGAGGAGGGCUCGAAAGAAAACAAGGGGUAUAAAUUCCAAAUUCAUUUUUUUCGAAUUCAUUUGAAGAAAUCGAAGAAAAGUAAACGUGAUGAAUUUACGGGUAAAGAUUAUAAAAGAUUAUUGGAAAAAGCGGAUAAAAGAAUGGAAAGAAUAGAAGCGAUAAGAGAAAAAAAUCCUGAAAAAGCAUCUCAUAUUGAAGAAAAUAUCAGAUGGAACAAGUCAUUUCGUCGUGUUGAAGGGCAAAAAAUCAAGGAUGAUCCAGAUUUGUUACGGAAAAGUUUACUUCGAAAGCAAAAAAUGAAAGAAAUACGACGAAAAAAAUGGGAUAAACGUAUACAAUUUACUGAACGAAAACAAGCUUUAAAACAAGAAAAAAGAAUGUCAAAUAUACAAAAACGUAAAGAAUCGAUAAAAAUGAAAAAAUUACAAAAAGCGAGAAAAAAAGGAAGAAUUUUAUAA